CAAUCCUGAACCCGAAGCAGCCCAAAGAGACACCAAAAAGCUUCAGCUUUGACUAUUCCUACUGGUCCCACACCACGCCCUCAGACAUUAACUAUGCAUCUCAGAAGCAAGUAUACCAGGACAUUGGUGAGGAGAUGUUGCAGCAUGCCUUUGAAGGCUAUAAUGUCUGCAUCUUCGCCUACGGGCAGACAGGUGCUGGAAAAUCCUACACCAUGAUGGGGAAACAGGAGAAGGACCAGCAAGGCAUCAUCCCACAGCUCUGUGAGGAUCUCUUCUCCCGCAUCAACGACACGACGAAUGACAACAUGUCCUACUCUGUGGAGGUGAGCUACAUGGAGAUAUACUGUGAGCGUGUGAGGGACCUCCUGAACCCCAAGAACAAGGGGAACCUGCGGGUGAGGGAGCAUCCCCUUAUGGGCCCGUAUGUUGAGGACCUUUCCAAGCUGGCUGUGACUUCCUACAAUGACAUCCAGGACCUCAUGGACUCUGGGAACAAGGCCCGCACAGUGGCUGCCACCAACAUGAAUGAGACCAGCAGCCGCUCCCACGCCGUGUUCAACAUCAUCUUCACCCAGAAGCGGCACGACGCGGAGACGGACAUCACCACUGAGAAGGUCAGCAAAAUCAGCUUGGUGGACCUGGCAGGGAGUGAGCGAGCUGACUCCACUGGUGCAAAGGGCACAAGACUAAAGGAAGGAGCAAACAUCAACAAGUCCUUGACCACCCUGGGGAAAGUCAUCUCUGCCUUGGCUGAAAUGAACAAAAAGAAGAAGAAGACAGAUUUCAUCCCUUACCGGGACUCGGUGCUGACCUGGCUGUUGCGGGAGAACCUGGGGGGCAACUCCAGGACAGCCAUGGUUGCUGCUCUCAGUCCUGCUGACAUCAACUACGAUGAAACCCUCAGCACCCUCAGGUAUGCUGACCGUGCCAAGCAGAUCCGCUGCAAUGCUGUCAUCAAUGAGGACCCCAACAACAAGCUCAUCCGGGAGCUGAAGGACGAGGUGGCACGUCUGCGUGACCUUCUCUAUGCCCAGGGCCUUGGGGACAUCAUUGACAUGACCAACGCCAUCGCUGGGAUCAGCCCCUCUUCCUCCCUGUCAGCCUUGUCCAGCCGAGCCGCCUCCGUCGCCAGCCUCCACGAGCGCAUCAUGUUUGCUCCGGGCAGCGAAGAGGCGAUCGAGAGGCUGAAGGAAACAGAGAAGAUCAUUGCAGAGCUGAAUGAGACAUGGGAGGAGAAGCUGCGGAGGACGGAAGCAAUCCGGAUGGAGAGGGAAGCAUUGCUGGCCGAAAUGGGGGUGGCCAUGCGGGAGGAUGGAGGCACUUUGGGUGUUUUCUCUCCUAAAAAGACGCCCCACUUGGUCAACCUGAACGAGGAUCCACUCAUGUCCGAGUGUCUUCUCUACUACAUCAAGGAUGGGAUAACAAGGGUUGGCCGGGAAGAUGCGGAGAAGAGGCAGGACAUCGUUCUCAGUGGGCACUUCAUUAAAGAAGAGCACUGUCUUUUCCGCAGCGACACCAAAACCGGUGGUGAAGUGAUAGUAACCCUGGAGCCCUGCGAAGGUGCUGACACCUAUGUGAAUGGCAAAAAGGUGACAGAGCCCAGCAUCCUGCGCUCAGCUUUCGCCGAGGGGGAGCUGCUGGAGAAACAGGGCAUUGACAUGAAGCAGGAGAUGGAGCAGCGGCUUCAAGAACUAGAGGAUCAGUACCGGAGGGAGCGGGAGGAGGCCAAUUAUCUUCUUGAGCAGCAGAGGCUG